AUGCUAUGUCGAAAACAUCAAGUUUUAUUUUUUUCGGCUGCAAAUAACACGUAUUGGCGUACACACGACAGGGAACUACAAUGUAAUAAUUUACAUUGUUAUUGUCAUAAUUUCCAUAUAAUAAAAAAUUACAUAAAUAAUACAAAAUAUACUUUAGAUCUUUGUAUGUAUCUUUUUACAAGUGAAGAAAUUGCACAAACUGUAUUGGAUGCUCAUUUACGUGGUAUUAAAAUUCGUAUUAUAACUGAUUUUGAAAUGUCACAUUCAUCUGGAUCUAAAAUGGAGGUGUUUCAAUCACAUGGUAUACAAGUUCGAUUUAAGAAAGCUACAAAUUGUUUAAUGCAUCAUAAAUUUUGUUUACUUGAUGCGAACACAGAAAAUGGGGUUUUAAUGACUGGAUCUUUGAAUUUAACUAUGCAAGCUGUUGCUGGAAAUUGGGAUAAUGCUAUUUUUACAACGCAAACAGAUUUAAUUCAACAAUUUCAACAGGAAUUUAAUAGGAUUUGGAGUAGUUUUGAUUAAGUUUCUUUUUGAUAUUGUAAAAGAGAGU